AUGAAGGAGGAGUUUAAAGAAAUACCGCAGGGACCUUCUCGACUAUCGUGUUUUGCUACAACAUUAAAAAACGAAGAGGGAACUCGCGCAUCUUCCCGACAAAGGAUAUCGACUACGAAGAGAUUCUACACCAAUCUAUUUCGCUCGUCAACACCCGUGUCAAACCCCCUUAUUCCCACUAGAGAAAUACAACCACGGAUUUCACCUGCUGGAGUAGCACCGCAAUUUAGACCAGCCACGACUCCGGGACCGGACCAUAUUUCGGCCGACCUCUUGAGAGCUGGAAGACAUCGCCUACACGAAAUACUUGCGGAACAUCUAACGUCGUACCUUUAA